AUGUGGAAAGGGCAAAAAGUGGCCACCGCCAAGAAACGCCACAUCAGGCACUCCCGGGCUGUCCUCCUCCCAGCUGUGCACAAAGUCUUGCACAAAGUCAUCAUCUUCAUUGAUCCUUGGGUCAAGACUUACGUACAUGGGAGGCCAACCUCGGAAAUCCUUUGCCCCCUCUGCGCAGAAUGCUUAUGUCUUUUGCCUGGUUUUUAUACAGAAUUUUGUACGUCAUGUCCGGUUACUGUCCUAGCAGAAAUCUUCACGAUUGCUUUCGCUGCCAUUCAUCUUAAUAGGGAUAUUAUGGUUUGCUAG